AAUGAUAUACAUUAUGUAAAAUAACUAAAGUAUCAAAGUAUCGAUUUUUUGAGUUUAGUAUCGAUUCUAGAACAUAAAAUUUUGGUUUCUGUAGUAUCGAUGUUUUAGUAUCGAUCUGCACGUCACUAAUCGGGGUUGUUUUAUGUAAAAAAGGAGCUACAGUGAUACUUGAUGGAGAAUAUCGGGUCAGUCCGGUUCGUCUGGUCUCGUGAAGAUUCCCCUUUAAAUCUGUGGCAGCUCUGACUUCCGGGUGUUCUGGUCCGCCCUCCUUCCGGAACACAAAGCUGCUUUGCAACCGGGUCUUGUGACUGUGUUGCUUCUCUGUCACCAUGACGGUCCUGCUGGGGUUUGCUCUGACUCUGCUGGUUCUUGGCUUCAGCCGGGGCCUUCAGCCCAACUGGGUCCGCGAAGAACCUGAGCUCGUCGCCGUGCCUUCAAAGUUCGGCUCUCUGUGGCCUCUGCCGCAGAAAGUCCAAAUCAACCCGACUUCCUUCAAGUUAAGCUCCGGCAGCUUUCGCAUCAGCGACUCUAAAGGGUCCUCAGCGGGUCCGGGCUGUGUUCUGCUGCAGAACGCCUACAGGAGGUAUUUUGAAUACAUGUUCGGGUCUAAAAAGCAGAAGGUGAACAAAAGCGGGAAGUCUGACCCGUCGGAGCUGUCAGAGCUGCAGGUGUGGAUCACAUCAGCUGACUCUGAGUGUGACGGAUACCCGAGUGCGACUUCUGACGAGUCAUAUGCACUGUCUGUGGAUCAGCCUGUCGCUGUCCUGAAGGCACCAAAGGUCUGGGGAGCCCUGAGAGGUUUGGAAACUUUUAGCCAGUUGGUGUAUGAGGAUGAUUAUGGAGCUCUCAAGCCUGACACUGUAGUUCAUGUGUGGAUGAACGGCGGCGGGUGUGAUAAGGAGAUGGCCAACGUGACGGCAGCGGGAUACACCGCCAUCCUCUCUGCCCCGUGGUACUUAGAUUAUGUUAGCUACGGACAGGACUGGCAGAACUACUACAAGGUUGAACCGCUCAACUUUAAUGGAACUGAAGAACAGAAGAAGCUCGUGAUUGGUGGAGAAGCUUGUUUGUGGGGAGAAUACGUGGAUGCAAGUAAUCUCACACCUCGACUCUGGCCUCGUGCCUGUGCCGUGGCGGAGCGGCUGUGGAGCGCCAAAGACGUGACCGACAUUGGUGACGCCUUCAACAGACUGUCUGCGCACCGCUGCCGUUUGGUGGAGCGCGGGAUCCCAGCUGAGCCGCUGUUUUCCAGCUUUUGUCCGAAAGAGUACAAGGGUCUCUGAGGACAAGAGAGGGGCUGGCCUGGGGACAGAAAAGGGACGAACAAUUGUACACAAUCAACCCCGUGUUUGGGUUUAAAACUGAAAUCAAAAAGCUUAGCUGCCUUUUUAAAGCUUGCACAGAUUUUAAAUGAUUUAUUUUGUUUUCAUAUCGAAGUGAUAACUCUAUGAGUAUACAUGUUGUUUUCAUGACUGUUGAUAAAAUUGUGAAUAAAAUGUUGAAAUAA